GUAACACUAAACUACUCGUGUCUUACCUCGGUAUAUACAAGAUAUAACUAUGUAUAACUUAUCAAAUCCCAUGUCACGGAAGUUCUAGUCCAUAGAAUGUAUAAUAGGGAAGUAUACCGGAACGGGUGGGUUUAAUUCGUUGGAACUCGAUAGCAAACCCCUCUCACGAGCUCACAACUCAACCUGACGUUAUUCGCGGGGUAUCUGAUCUCAUUUGGAGAUGUCAUCAUUGCACUUUGGCGAUUCGUCAAAGAUAGCGAGGUCAUUGACGUGAUUCUACCAGAAGAUUGAGAAUGCCAUAAAGCUGGAUGUGGCAGUUCGGAACGAUUGUGGAUUCUCUUUGUAUAAAGCGAGGUCGAAGCUCGAGAUAUCUUAAGAUCAUAAGACAGAACGUUUCCACGUUUCCAACACAUAAAAGCUAAGUAAAUACUUAGUGAAAUUGACUCUUUGGAUAUUAUUUCCUGAUCUGGACCGUCAUCAUGGCUCCACCUGCUGCAGAUGUUGACGUGCAAUCGGAAGCACCAGCCCCUGAGGCUCUAAAGAAGUCUAUCGGCCCCGUGCCCAUUAAGACGUCAACUAGCUCUAGACUCGAUGGACCUUUGAAGUACUCCGGAAGCCUCGACUCAUACGAGCAAUUUGAUGUUACCAAAGUCAUCGGCCGAGAGUUUCCCAAUCUCCAGCUUAGCGAAAUUUUGCACGACGACACCAAGAUCCGAGACUUGGCGGUCUUGAUCUCGCAACGAGGUGUUGUAUUCUUCCGUAAUCAGGAUAUCAACAUUGACGACCAGAAGCUCCUGGGUGAUAGACUCGGAAAGCUCAGUGGGAAACCAGAAACGUCGACUCUUCAUCGCCAUGCCCUCUCGAAUAGUAAACGUGGUAUUCCGGUUGAUGAGAACGGCCGCCUCGAUGAUGAAGUAUCUAUCAUCUCUUCUGAGCAGAACCGCAAGUUCUACAAGGAUCGCUUCACCGCAUCCUCGAAGAAGAUUGCGAGUCACGGCUGGCACGCAGAUAUCACAUUCGAGAAUAUUCCUUCAGAUUAUGCGAUUCUGAAGAUUAUCUUGCCCCCCGAGGACGCGGGCGGUGACACACUCUGGGCAUCGGGAUACGAGGCCUACGACCGCCUUUCGCCACCUCUUCAGAAGCUCGCGGAGAGUCUUACCGCUACUCACUAUCAACCUGGUUUCGUGAAGGUUCAGAAUGACUUUGGUGAAGAGCUUAUCGACCAGAACAGGGGGUCUCCUGAGAAUAAUGGCCUCGACUUCAAGGCCGAGCAUCCCCUCAUCCGCACCAACCCUGUGACUGGGUGGAAGAGUCUCUUCGGCGCAGCUGGUCAGGUAGAUGCCGGCUGGAUCAAUGGAGUUACUGAGCGCGAGAGUGAGAUUCUCAAAGCCUACUUCCUCCAGCUAAUCGUUGAAAACCACGACCUCCAGGUUCGGUUCAGAUGGAAUAAGAACGAUCUCGCAAUUUGGGACAACCGCUCCGUGUUCCAUACUGCUACAAACGACUACGUCGGAAAGCGUCAAGGUAACCGAGUUGUGUCCAUUGGAGAGAAGCCGUAUUAUGAUCCGAACUCGAAGUCUCGUCGUGAAGCACUUGGGGUUCUAGCGGCAUAG